UCCGGUCCGGGUUCGCUUGCCUCGUCAGCGUCCGCGUUUUUCCUGGCCCCCCCCAACCCCCCCGGACAGGACCCCCUUGAGCUCGUCCCUCGGCUGCCACCAUGAGCGACCAAGAUCACUCCAUGGAUGAAAUGACAGCUGUGGUGAAGAUUGAAAAAGGAGUUGGUGGCAAUAAUGGGGGCAAUGGUAAUGGUGGUGGUGCCUUUUCUCAGGCUCGAAGCAGCAGCACAGGCAGUAGCAGCAGCAGUGGAGGAGGAGGAGGGCAGGAAUCCCAGCCAUCCCCUUUGGCCCUGCUGGCAGCAACUUGCAGCAGAAUUGAGUCACCCAAUGAAAACAGCAACAACUCCCAGGGCCCAAGCCAGUCAGGGGGCACAGGUGAGCUUGACCUCACAGCCACACAACUUUCCCAGGGUGCCAAUGGCUGGCAGAUCAUCUCUUCCUCCUCUGGGGCUACCCCUACCUCGAAGGAACAGAGUGGCAGCAGUACCAAUGGCAACAAUGGCAGUGAGUCUUCCAAGAAUCGCACGGUCUCUGGUGGGCAGUAUGUUGUGGCUGCCACCUCCAACCUACAGAACCAGCAAGUCCUGACAGGACUGCCUGGAGUGAUGCCUAAUAUUCAGUAUCAAGUAAUCCCACAGUUCCAGACCGUUGAUGGGCAACAGCUGCAAUUUGCUGCCACUGGGGCUCAAGUGCAGCAGGAUGGUUCAGGUCAGAUACAGAUCAUACCAGGUGCAAACCAACAGAUCAUCACAAAUCGAGGAAGUGGAGGCAACAUCAUUGCUGCUAUGCCAAACCUACUCCAGCAGGCUGUCCCCCUCCAAGGCCUGGCUAAUAAUGUACUCUCAGGACAGACUCAGUAUGUGACCAAUGUACCAGUGGCCCUGAAUGGGAAUAUUACCUUGCUACCUGUCAACAGCGUUUCCGCAGCUACCUUGACUCCUAGCUCUCAGGCAGUCACGAUCAGCAGCUCUGGGUCCCAGGAGAGUGGCUCACAGCCUGUCACCUCAGGGACUGCCAUCAGUUCUGCCAGUUUGGUAUCAUCACAAGCCAGUUCCAGCUCCUUUUUCACCAAUGCCAAUAGCUACUCAACAACUACUACCACCAGCAACAUGGGAAUUAUGAACUUUACCACCAGCGGAUCAGCAGGGACCAACUCUCAAAGCCAGACACCACAGAGGGUCAGUGGGCUGCAGGGAUCUGAUGCUCUGAACAUCCAGCAGAACCAGACAUCUGGAGGCUCACUGCAAGCAAGUCAACAAAAAGAGGGAGAGCAAAACCAGCAGACGCAGCAACAACAACAAAUUCUCAUCCAGCCUCAGCUAGUUCAAGGGGGACAGGCCCUCCAGGCCCUCCAAGCAGCCCCACUGUCAGGGCAGACCUUUACAACUCAAGCUAUCUCCCAGGAAACCCUCCAGAACCUUCAGCUUCAGGCUGUUCCAAACUCUGGCCCUAUCAUCAUCCGGACACCAACAGUGGGGCCCAAUGGACAGGUCAGUUGGCAGACUCUUCAGCUGCAGAACCUCCAAGUUCAGAACCCACAGGCCCAGACAAUCACCUUGGCCCCAAUGCAGGGUGUUUCCUUGGGGCAGACCAGCAGCAGCAGUACCACCCUUACACCUAUUGCCUCAGCUGCCUCCAUCCCUGCCGGCACAGUCACUGUGAAUGCUGCUCAACUCUCCUCCAUGCCUGGCCUCCAGACCAUUAACCUCAGUGCAUUGGGUGCUUCAGGAAUCCAGGUGCACCAGCUUCCAAGUCUGCCCUUGGCUAUAGCAAAUGCCUCAGGUGAUCAUGGAGCUCAGCUUGGCCUCCAUGGGGCUGGUGGUGAUGGAAUACAUGAUGACCCAACAGGCGGAGAGGAAGGAGAGAACAGCCCAGAUCCCCAACCCCAAGCUGGUCGGAGGACCCGGCGGGAAGCAUGCACCUGCCCCUACUGUAAAGAUAGUGAAGGAAGGGGCUCUGGGGAUCCUGGCAAGAAGAAACAGCACAUUUGCCACAUGCAAGGCUGUGGCAAAGUAUAUGGCAAGACAUCACACCUACGGGCACACUUGCGCUGGCAUACAGGCGAGAGGCCAUUCAUGUGUACCUGGUCAUACUGUGGGAAGCGCUUCACACGUUCGGACGAGUUACAGAGGCACAAACGCACACACACAGGUGAGAAGAAAUUUGCCUGCCCUGAGUGUCCCAAGCGCUUCAUGAGGAGUGACCACCUGUCAAAACAUAUUAAGACCCACCAGAAUAAGAAGGGAGGCCCAGGUGUAGCCCUAAGUGUGGGCACUUUGCCCCUGGACAGUGGGGCAGGUUCAGAAGGCAGCGGCACUGCCACCCCUUCGGCCCUCAUUACCACCAACAUGGUAGCCAUGGAGGCCAUCUGUCCAGAGGGUAUUGCCCGUCUUGCCAACAGUGGCAUCAACGUCAUGCAGGUGGCAGAUCUGCAGUCCAUUAAUAUCAGUGGCAAUGGCUUCUGAGAUCAGGCACCCGGGGCCAGAGACAUAUGGGCCAUACCCAUCAACCCUGGGAUGCAAGGUAGCAUGGGUCCAAGAGACAUGUGGGAGAGAGAGCCAUGAGGCAUUAAAAAUGCAUGGUGGUGGGAAGAAUUGGGGGAGGGAUACAAGAGAAGAGAUGGGGUCCUGGCAUCCACCUGUAUCAUCAGUACCUCCUUGAAGUGGGAAACAUUAGUGAAAAUUCUGUUGGUGCCACCCUUUGAUGAGCAUUUGUUUGACCCCAAACAGUUUCUUAACACUUCUUACCCCAGCCUCCACUUCCUGCAUUUCCCUUCUCAGCUCCCCCAUGAUGGAUCCCCCCCCUUUCCUAAAGCCAUCAUGCCUUGAUAAAUAUAUAUGAUCAUUGAAAUACUUUUUAACAAAAAACAGAUUCUAUAUUAUAUAUAUAUAUAUAUAUAUAUAAAAGAUAUAUAGAGAUGCAUUUGCAGGGGUUGGCUGGGAGGAGGAAGGAGACCAUUCUGUGACCAAAAUAACUUGGUCAUUUUUUUUUAUAUUGCCUUAUUUCCUUAUGGCUGAGCCUUGUUGUGACACAUCAAGAUUUUCUAUAGAUGUUGUCUUGGCUUCCCACCAGAUUAAGCAUUUAUAUGCUCUGCUUUUAGUUUAUAUAUACAUACAUAAUGUUUUCCUUUCUUAAUUUUGUCUUUUAAUUUGGGAUCAGCUUCUUGCACUCCUUCCUUGACUCAACCAUUUCUGUCUCCCCUUCUCUCACCUGAUCACUUCAUGCUUUGUUUUUGGUAGUGGUCCCUGGAUGAGGCACUUCUGUCAUUCUUUUAAAGUCCUUAGUCCCAGCAGCAGAAUAGAGAAGCCUUGAAGCUCAGGCGAAUGCUUGAGGUAGCUGUGAAGAGAGUGUUCAAAAUACUACUGACGCAGGCACCCUCUUGGCGCUGGAGAGUCAAAGGCACCUCUCUCUUCAUUAGCUGCUCUAAGCAUCAAGAAUCAGAAGUCCUUCUAUGGAAUUGUACAAGAGACCCUUUGAAGGUUAUAAUCUGGGAUCAGUUUAUAUAAACUGUGAAAAGAUGGUCAAAUAAUAGGUAGGGGCUUUCAAUAGGAAAAUGAUGUGCUCAGAAGCGGAAGUGACUCAAGUAGUCCAGUUCAGGAGUUAGUGGAUUAUUUGGACCUUUGUACAACUGUCUUCCAAGGUAGCUCUCAGCUUUGAUGUGUGGGCUUCUGAGUUCACAUUCUGAAAGGAAAUACACUUCCUCUUUUGAACAUCCCCAGUAGUUUCUUUCCCAUUAUGUUAUUAAGGAGCAUCAGCCAAUGAACCUGUUCUGGGUUUCCAUUCUGCAAAACUCCAGAGCAUGGACCAGUGGCAAGGCAGUGGUUCUUUGAUCUUUUCCCUUAACUCUUCCUUGGGUGGUUCCUAAGGGGAAAGGAAGCACACACGAUCACGGGAAUGAUAGCCCAGAACAAAAAGAAAUCUUGUCUUACCACUGUGGUUUAUAGGAGAGAUCAGGAAAAACCAUCCUGCUUUCUCCGUGGCCUGAUUGCUGAAGAGACUGAUCCAAAAAUUAUAGCGGCAGGGAACUCUUAGUGCAUUUGGCACUGAGAUUUAAAUGCAACCAGAGUUGUCCUCAAGGCCCAGCCAUUAAAACAUUGUCUCUCUCGACCUUCUGGUAUCUUGUCAGAGAGCUUUUCACUGUGAGGAAGUGUGGAAAUGGCUGUGUGUAUGUGUGUAAUCUGUUAGGUUGGGGAUAGGUUUUCUGUUAGCCAAUACUAUAAGAGACCUGCAAUAAAAAAUUACCCUAAUCUGA